GGGUCGGGGAAAGAAAUCCUGGUUCAGAAAAAUGCCUUCUGCUGGAUAAGGCUAGCUCAACCGAGCGCGUGCUUGGGAUGUACUGGCGUCCUGAGCAAGACGUCUUCACAUACACCUACUCAGUGGGACAAGAGGAAGCACAUCCUACGAAACGACAGAUUUUGCGGGCCGUUAUGAGCCUUUUCGACCCACUCGGACUACUCUCUCAUUUCCUCGUUUUCGGAAAAAUCAUAAUCCAGCAGAUUUGGCGCGCGAAAACAGGGUGGGAUGAUCCGAUACCGAAAGAGCUUUGUGAACGGUGGACUCAAUGGACAGCAGAAUUCAAGUAUUUAGACCAGAUUAGCAUCCCACGUUGCUACUUCCCGCAAAGAUCCGUGAAAGAUAUUUCGUCGUUGCAGCUGCAUAUCUUCGUAGAUGCUGGGGAAGAUGCGUAUGCUUGCGUAGCAUAUUUACGGGCAGAGUUCUCCGAGAAAAUUCAAUGUGCAAUCAUUGGAGGGAAAACCAAGGUUGCUCCCCUCAAAACGCUUUCUAUCCCGCGGCUGGAGCUCAUGGCGGCAGUCAUUGGAGUGAGAUUGCGAAAGACCAUUAUGAAUUUCCACUCACUCCCGAUCGACAGAUGUAUAUUCUGGAGCGACUCAAGGACAGUUCUGGCCUGGAUCAAUGCCAACCACUGCAGCUAUCGGCAAUUCGUUGCAUGUCGUAUUGGCGAAAUCUUAUCGAAGUCGAAGGUGGAAGAAUGGCGUUGGGUUCCAUCUAGAGAAAAUGUAGCAGACGAAGCAUCGAAGUGGGGCCGAGGACCCUGCCUAUCAACAAGUGGCCGCUGGUUUACUGGGCCAGAAUAUCUUCUAUUGCCGGAGGAACAAUGGCCAGCGGACGUUAAGCCAUUCUUAGAAACGACGACUGAGGAGAUGAAAUCGUGUUUAGUCCACCAGACAAUAAAUGGGGAGGUCGUCAUUGAUUGGUCACGGUUUUCCAAAUGGCAACGUCUUUGGAGGACAAUUGGGUACGUGCAACGAUACGUGGAGAAUUUUAUGCUGAAAGCGAAAGGAAGGGAGCUGCAAGUUGGGCCAUUAACGCAAGAAGAGCUUUACAAUGCGGAAAAAUGUCUGUGGCGGCAAAUUCAACGGGAAAGCUAUCCAGAGGAGAUGAAAACGCUUAAAGCAGCUCAGAGCAAGCACCCGGAUAAGCAGGCAAAGCUGCACGGUACGAGUAAACUCCGGAAGCUAUCGCCAUUUCUCGAUACUGACGGAGUAAUUCGUUUGGACACCAGAAUUGUAGCGGCCACAUGUGUAUCCUACGAUACCCGGUGUCCGAUAGUGCUGCCAAAAGAGCACCCAGCAACUCAACUUCUAAUUGAGUGGUACCAUCGCAAAUACCUACAUGCAAACGCCGAAACCGUCGUCAAUGAGGUGCGACAGCGAUUUCAUAUCUCUAAUCUCCGCACCAUUGUACGACAGAUCAAGAAGAUUUGUUCACUCUGCAGAAUCAGGAAAGCUGUUCCUGAAAUACCACGAAUGGCACCACUUCCAGCGGCCCGGCUGAGUGCGUACGAGCGUCCUUUCUCGUACGUCGGCCUCGAUUAUUUCGGCCCAACUCUCAUACGUGUGAACCGAAGCGAGACAAAAAGGUGGAUAGCACUAUUUACGUGCCUCACCAUCCGAGCAGUGCACCUCGAAGUUGUCCAUUCUCUUUCCACAGAGUCAUGUAAAAUGGCCCUGAGGCGUUUUAUAAACCGUCGUGGAGCACCGAUUGAAAUCCAUAGCGAUAGAGGCACCAAUUUCGUGGGGACCAACAACGAGCUGCGCAGAGAGAUGUCGAAGAUUGAUGACCAAUUGGCAGAAGUUUUCAGUAACGCUCAUACCAAGUGGGUAUUCAAUCCGCCCGGAACUCCACACAUGGGCGGAUCGUGGGAGAGACUAGUGAGAUCAGUGAAAAUAGCACUGGCUGCCAUGUACACUACUAGAACUCCGAACGAAGAAACACUCAUUACGCUGGUAGUUGAGGCCGAAUGCGUGGUGAAUUCACGACCAUUGACAUUCAUUCCGUUGGAGGUAGAACAGCAGGAAGCUCUAACUCCCAAUCACUUUUUGCUCCUGAGCUCUAGCGGCGUGGUUCAACGACCACAAGCAUUGGCGGAGUCUGAAUCUGCCUGUAGAAGUAAUUGGAAUCUGGGACGGGUGAUGUUGGACCAAUUUUGGCGUAGAUGGGUCCGGGAAUACCUUCCCACUCUUACGCGCCGAUCCAAGUGGUUCGAUGACGUGAAGCCCAUUUGCAUUGGUGAUCUGGUGAUCGUGGUCGAAGAUGGCAUCCGGAAUGGUUGGACACGAGGACGGGUACUGGAGGUCAUCGCUGGCCAAGACGGCCGAAUUCGACAAGCCAUGGUGCAGACAGCCUCGGGUCUAGUACGGCGACCAGUAGCUAAGCUGGCGCGAUUGGAUUUAAAGCAGAGUAAAACUGGUCUUGAGGUCUCUGACCAGUCUUACGGGUCGGGGAAAUGUAACCGAGAUUUACACUAACUACGGUUCGAGAAUUGUAAGCCCCUUGGUCGUAGCGGAACGCGAUUACGAUGCGUUUUAUCUGUCAACGCAUGACGGAGCGCAAUAUGAGAAAACAAAGAAAGUCUCAUUCUAUAGCACGAGGUAGUGAACUGAGUACGCAAAAAUAUUAAAAUUAUACAUUGGCUAAAAUAUUAGUGUACAUUUAUCACGAUUUUCCAAGUGAGUCAUUAUAUCGCAAGUUAAAUUAUUGAAUUUAAAUUGAAACAUAUCUAUAUAAUGAAUUACAGAAUAUUUAUAUUUAUAUUAAUUCAUAUUGAUUUGUGGAUAUAACCUAAAAGGGAGGAUAGUAUUAAUCUUUUAGCACUAUUAUCACCAAGAACGC